CAAUGGCGGAGGGGGAGGCUGCUGAGGGGAGAAGUCCCCUCUACAGGAGCGUCUCCUUCAAGCGCCUGGAGAGGUGGAUCGGGCCGAGGGGGCAGGAGGGAGGAGGAGGCCCCCGGGGGGAGCCGUGCCAGGCUCAGCCUCCCAGCGCCAGGGCGCAGCAGCAACAGCAGCAGCCACAGCCGCCGGAGCCCAUCGGGCGGCGGUCGCCCGGCCGAGCCGCUUCCUUCAGCGUCUCCCGCAACGUCGCCAAGAUCGCCGCCGCCGCCCCCACCACCAUUCCCGGGCCCGAUCCGCCGCGCCGAGCCCUACGGAGCCUCUCGCCCUCGGUGCGCCAACUUUCCCAGCGCUUCUGCGCGCCCCGCGGGACCGACGACGAGCCGGGAGAGGCGGCCCGCGGAAGAGCCACCUGUGGGGGCGGCGGCGGCGAGGGCAAGAAGGCGGCCCCCCGAGCCUCCCCUGCCGCCGAUGAGCCCGGGCCGGAGCAGCCGCCGCCGCCGCCGCCGCCGCGGGGCAAAGGGCUGAGCGAGCCGCCCCACAAAGCCGGCGAGGCGGCGCUCGACUGGCCCAGCGUGACCGAGAUGCGGAAACUUUUCGGCGAGAGUUUUCGACGGCGGCAGCAGGAGCAGCAGCAGCCGCCGCCGCCGGGCUCGAGAGGCGAGUUCCACGAAGAAGGCUUCCGUGGGCCCUGCAGCCUCGCCAGCAAAGCCAGGGAGCUGGGAUCCGGGCCCGGCCCCUCUCCACACCUGCCAGGCAUGGACGGCGGUGGCGGCGGCGCCUCAAUCUUCCUCCCGCUGCCGCCGGAUGGGGCAGCACAAAGCCCGAGGGCGGAGGACAGGCCCGUCCACGCGGAGCGCAAAGAGACCCCGCCGCCUCCUCCGCCCCGCAGCUGCAUCCCCUUCCCGGGGCUUCGAGGGCACCGUCUGCCCGGGGGCGCUCCCAGAGCAGAGGCAGAGAAGCCGCUGCCGCCGCCGCCGCCACUGUGGGAUAGUUUACAUUCCUGGCAUAGUUCCUCCAAGCCACAGGCUGCCCCCAGCUCUCCCGCUCCCUCCUUCCCUCCGGCCACCUGGCGAGGGGAGCUCUUCUCCAGCAGUGAGGAGGAGCUGCUGCCCAGGGGGGCAAAGGUGCCCUGCCGGGGCAGCCAGCAUCCCUGGUCCUCCUCCUCCUCCUCCAGCACUGGCGGCAACAGCUGGCACCAGUCUCCCCAGAGGUCUUCAGGGAGCGAAGAAGAAGAAGAGGAGAGCCACCUGGCGACCCCCAGGAGACGCUCCUUGCGGAAGCAGAAGAAGAAGGAGCCGGGAGUCCCGGAGCCGGGCUUGGGCGGGGAUGGGCUGGCGGGGAUGGAGUGGUACCUGAAAGCCCAGGAGGACCUUUCCCAGAACUUCUCCCUGCCUGGGGAUGAAAGGACUAGGAGGCCCUCUCUGGAGGCCAAGGCGUGGGCUGCCGAUGGCACUGCUGCCUACAUGCCCAGUGAAAGCAAAGCCCAGGGCAGCACAGAGGGCCACAGAGCGUUUGCUAGGGGGCAUUCCGAAGGCAGCGCCUCCUUGCCUGGCAGCCAUGGUCCCCUUUCCUCAGCCUCUCCCCUCCCCCUGGUCUCCAGAGUUUCCAAAGUGAACAUACCGCCUUUCGUGCACAGCCCCUGCGGUUCCAGGAACAGCAGCAGGUAUUCCAGCACUGAGACGCUGAAGGAAGAAGACCAGUUUGGGGCCUCCUUGGCUGGCCAGGGGAGGAGCUUCCAGGGGGGGCUGGGGGCCUUCCACUCACCCAGUUUCACCCAGAGCGACAGCCUUGCCAGGUUGCAGCCGCAGGUCCGGGCCCGUCCCAAGCUGCCCUCGGGGAUCGUCAAAACAAAGCAAGACCUCCCACUGGAUGAGAACCUGCCCCACUGCGACCUGGAAGGAGCAGUGGAGAAGUCCAAGUACCGGAAGUCCAUGUCUAACCCGGACAUUGCCACAGAGACCCUGACCCUCCUCAGCUUCCUGAAGUCGGACCUCUCGGAGCUGAGGGCGAGGAAGAAAGGCGCCGCCGUGGCUGAUCAAGAGGAGGCGGCUUUUGGCGGCGGUGGCGGCAGGUUUGAAAGUUGCCACCACAGCACAGCCAGGCUCCACAUGGUGGGCAGGACCCAAAGCGAGGUCCAGCCAUCGAACCACUGGGCUCAGGGCAACCGGCCGACCCUGAAAGACCUCACAGCAACUCUGAGGCGGGCCAAGUCUUUCACCUAUUCAGAUAAGCCAGCACCCCGGAGGCUCUUCUACCAGAGCGCCAUGAAGCAGAGCUCUUCGGAGCUUCUCCUCGCCACCUACAGCGACCAUGACAGUGCGGGUUCUGACAGCGAAACUGGCCUUGGUAGGGAGGACGACGGCCUUCCAGUGGUCAUCCAAGACCAAUACAUUCAGGAAGCCAGGCAAGUCUUUGAGAAGAUCAGUCAGAUGGGCUCCCAACACGAUGAUAACUUUGCUUUGGACCAAAAGGACAGCGGAAGCAUGAAAGGUGGAGGAGAGGUGGAAGAGCCCCCCAAGGAGGAUGCCUCAGAAGACGGACCUGGAGAGUGCUUGAGGAAAGCAGAGUCUGAAGGAAGCCUUUCCGGUGGGAGAUCCAUAGAAGAACUCUCGGGCCCCGAGUCUAGCAUGAUGGAUGAAGGCAUUGUAACCGAGCCAGAGAUGAGUCCUGCCUACAGCUAUCUCAACCCAUCUGUUGCAGCGUGGAAGGCGGCAAACCAAAGAGAAAGUGAGGCCAACCAGGCGGAGGUCCAAGAGAGGCUUUUCCCAGGCCAUCCCGCCAAACUGAGCAAUGAGAAGGCAGCUGUUGAGGAAGAGGCCCUUCCCAACACCAAGACGGUGCCCCAAGGGUUGCUAGAGGCACCUUCAACCCCGGGUGCCCUUCGCCGCCGGAGGAAGUUUCCAUCGGUUGGAAACAAUGGCUCUGAGUCCAACAACGGAAGCAACGGGGAAUCCAGUGGGGAGACCUACAGAUCCUUGAGUGACCCCAUGCCCCACAGAAAGUGCUCGAUCGCUGAGGACUCUAAGAACUUCUCAGUCGAUAGCAACCUCCUGGGGUCACUGAAUUCCAAGUCUGGCAUCCCGGAGGCUUCCGCCGUGGCCCUGUCCGAGUGCACCGGAAGUGCCGCCAGCGACUUGUCUGUCUGCAGCGAAGGGGUCAAGGAUUACAGCACCGUGAUCCAGAACAUUGUCAGCCAGCCCGGGGCCAUGGACAAAGUGAUCGACGACAAGGGGAAUGGGAAGACCAUCAAGAAGAAGUCCUUCAGCGACCCCAGCCGCCGUGGCGAGCUGGCCAGCGCGGGUUUUGACGGCCCCGGAGAACCCAUCAGCGAGAUGGACCAGAGCAUCCCUCCGUCCAGCAGCGAGCCCAUCCUCUCGGAGCAAAGAGUGCAGGUGGAGGAGAGGGAGCAGGAAGCGGGGGAGCGGUUCUCUCAGUCGGAGCAUGUCCUGCCGACCCCGCCAGAGGACGACACGGCCGAGGUGGCUGGGAGCUAUGGCUUCGAUCCCAAGCUGGCAGAAGUCCUGUCCCCCAGGAUAGUCCGGCGGAGCUCCAAAAAACGCAGCAUCCGGGUGAACUGCCAGGAGAGCAGACAAGAAGAGCCCACUUCAGCCGCCGCCGCCCCGGCUGCUUUAGGCAGAGCAAGGCCACCCUCCAAGCACGUGCGCCACACCAGUGAGCCUCUCCCACCGUUCUCCCCCGAUGCCAAGCUGUCUGCUGGGCUGCAUCGCAACCUUCACGCGGCCAUGCCAGAGCCCUCCCGCCCACCCUUGAAGCCCUACCCCGUUCUCCAAGCUCCGUCUCUGGAGGAUGUCACCAAGCACUACAUGCUGUCCCUCAAUGUGGGGGAAGCGUCCCCCACCAGCACUGUGGAUAUGCCCAGGUCUUCGCCCAUCACUCCGACCUCGACAGAACCCAGGCUGCCCAGGUGUCCGAAGCAUCACGACGAGACGAGCGUUGGCAGUGCCAGAAGCAAGCCACUAGUGGAUAUGCGGAAACAUGUCAUCAUGACUCUUCUGGAUACCGAACAGUCGUAUGUGGAGUCACUGAGGACUCUGAUGCAGGGCUACAUGAAGCCCUUGAAGCUGCCAGAAAAUUCCAUCCUCUGCGACCCAUCCCUGGUGGAUGAAAUCUUUGAUCAGAUCCCCGAGCUGUUGGAACACCACGAGGAAUUCCUGGAGCAGAUUGCAGAGUGCGUGCAGAACUGGCACGAGGCGCAGAAAGUGGGAGAUAUCCUGGUACAAUCCUUUUCCAAGGACAUCCUGGUAAAUAUUUACUCUGCCUACAUCGAUAACUUUCUCAACGCCAAAGAUGCAGUGAGGAUCGCUAAAGAAGCCAGGCCAGCAUUCAUGAAGUUUCUGGAGCAAAGCAUGAGAGAAAACAAAGAAAAGCAGGCGCUCUCAGACCUAAUGAUCAAGCCCGUACAGCGGAUUCCACGCUAUGAACUUCUGGUCAAGGACCUUCUGAAGCACACUCCAGAGGAGCAUCCAGACCACCCAUUCUUGAUGGAAGCCCAGAGGAACAUCAAGCAAGUGGCUGAGAGGAUCAACAAAGGGAUGAAGAGUGCCGAGGAGGUGGAGAGGAAUGCCCGGAUAGUGCAAGAGAUUGAGUCACACAUAGAGGGAAUGGAAGACCUUCAGGCCCCGCUGCGGAAGUUCUUGCGCCAAGAGAUGGUGAUAGAAGUGAAGGCCAUGGGUGGGAAGAAGGACCGCUCUCUUUUCCUCUUCACGGACCUGCUGGUUUGCACCACCCUGAAACGCAAGUCAGGGUCUCUGCGGCGAAGUUCCAUGAGUCUUUACACAGCAGCCAGCGUGAUUGACACAGCCAGCAAGUAUAAACUGCUCUGGAAGAUGCCCCUGGAGGAUGUGGACAUUGUGAAAGGAGCCUCCCAGUCCACCAACCGUGAGAGCAUCCAGAAAUCCAUCUGCCGCUUGGAUGAAGACCUCAGCACCCUCGGCCAAGUCAGCAAACUUUCCGAGACCCUCAGCUUUCCCCACCAGAGCCUGGAUGACGUCAUCAAAGACCUGAUGGCCUCCAUCCACCGCGAGCUGGCCGAGAAGCAGUCGCUCUCCUUCAGCAUGUCCUUCCCGCCCAACAAGAUGGAGCUCACGGCCACCAAGGCCGAUGGCACAGAGUCCUACAUCUUCGAGUUCCCCAACCCUGACGCCCGCCACAGCUUUGAGCAAGCCUUUGAGGACACGAAGAAGAAACUAGCUUCCAACAAAAAUUGCUUGGAUCCUGAGUUCCUGAAGGCAAUUCCCAUUAUGAAAACAAGGAGCGGGAUGCAGUUCUCCUGUGCCUCUCCCAGCCACAGCAGCCCUGAGAACACCUAUGAAGUUUGGGUGUGUAACAGUGAUGGCUACGUCGGACAGGUCUGCCUUCUCAGCAUCAAGAAGGAACCCAUUGUUGAGGCUUGCAUCGCUGUCUGCUCUGCCAGGAUCCUGUGCAUUGCCUCGGUGCCGGGCCUGAAGAGAACAUAUAGGGAACGCCCUGGGUCUCUAGCCAGCCCGUCCUCGGAGCCAGUUCACACCACGCUGGAGGAGUCAGGGCCUCAGCAGUGCCUGCAUAUCUCCAUUUCUGGGUCUUCCCUGGAGUUGUCGGAGCCGGUGGACAGCACCAAUCGGGAACUGGUCCCCUUCGACAGCGACGAUACUGAUGACGAAUCCUCGCCCAGCCCUUCCGGCACCCUCCAGAGCCAGGCCAGCCACUCCACCAUCUCCUCCAGCUUUGGAAACGAAGAGAUCCCAAGUUCCAAAGACGUGACCGCGGAGACGACCAGCUCAGAAGAGGAGCAGGAUCCUGCCAGCUUCCUUCCCAUUGCCAGCACGUUCACCCAGAACAGGAACAGCGAGAGCCCCAUGGAUGGCCGGGCAAUGAGACGCUCCAGUCGAGGCUCCUUCACCAGGGGCAGCCUGGAAGACCUGCUGAGCAUCGACCCCGAAGCCUAUCAGAGCUCCAUGUGGCUGGGGACAGAAGAUGGAUGCAUCCAUGUCUACCAGUCCUCAGACAACAUCCGGAACAGGAAGAAUAGCAUGAAAAUGCAGCAUUCGGCCUCUGUGACGUGCAUCUUAUACCUUGACAAUCAGGUCUUUGUAUCACUGGCCAAUGGAGAGCUUGUUACCUACCAGAGAGAAGCAGGACGUUUUUGGGACUCUCAGAACUCCAAGACCCUCUCCCUGGGAUCUCCAGGCAGCCCCGUAACUAAGAUGGUGGCAGUGGCCGGGAAGCUUUGGUGUGGGUGCCAGAACCGUGUCAUCAUCCUCAACACAUCUACUCUCCAGCAGCAGCACACCUUUCAUGUCGGGCAGGACAGCAACCGCAGCGUCACCUGCAUGGUCAGCUCUGGUGUGGGGGUCUGGGUCACCCUCCAAGGCAGUGCCCAAGUGCGGCUUUACCAUCCGAGCAGCUAUGAUCAACUGGCCGAAGUGGAUGUCACCCCCCCAGUCCACAAGAUGUUGGCAGGGUCAGAUGCCAUAAUCCGCCAGCACAAGGCGGCCUGCUUGAGGAUCACUGCCCUGUUGGCAUGUAAGGACCUCCUCUGGAUUGGCACCAGUGCAGGGGUGGUGCUGACCCUCUCCAUCGUCGCGAACACUGCCUCCCUGAAGACUCCGGCCCUGCCGGCGGGCCUCUCGCAGGGACACACGGGCCACGUCCGGUUCCUUACAUCCAUUGAGCUGCCGGAAGGUUUUGACAUCCUCUUUCCCUUGCCCAGGGAUGCAGGCACGGAAAAACCCAACGACUUGGAGAAGCGAGACCCCACGAGACACAGGCCUUCCAAGUCCAAGAUGCUUGUGAUCAGCGGCGGCGACGGCUACGAGGACUUCCGGCUGACCAACAGCAGUGAGACAGUGGGACGGGACGACAGCACAAACCACCUCUUGCUCUGGAGGGUCUGAGGAACAUUGGAGCAGAAGGGGCCCCUCUGGGGAGAGGGAGAGGGAGAGAGUGCGCGCUCCAGUCCUGCCCUUGCCGUUCACACAUGCACGCACGUGUACCGCUCAUCGCCGUGUCUCAUCUCCCGUCUUGGGUGUCUCGUCAGCGUGCAUGCAGCCUCCUCCCGGGUCUUCUGCAUGGAGAGAGCCACACCUUGAGAUGCAUUGUGUACAGACCCCGCUGCCUCUCACUCCAGAACACAAAUCCAUAUUGCACAACUUGCGCUUGCUGCUGUGUUUGAGUGUCAGGGCAUACAAACCUGUGCGAGAGACCAAAGGAGAGCGUAGGCGGGCUGUCCGGAUCCACUGGGCCCGUCUGAGGUUUCCCGGAGAGGAAGCGUGGGAAUCCAGCCCUGCUUAGGGAGGGAUUGUCUGCUUGGAAUGUGCCCUUUAGUGAGGACCCUCCCAUCUCAGCCAGUUGGCGGGGAACCUUUGGAUGUCCUUGUGUCUGCAUUUUGAUCUGCUGAGGCCUGGUGUGGGCCUCGGCAUCCAAGAGCUGGGUUGCGUGAGCAUUGCCUAGAGAACCUCCGCCGUCACCUCUCCUCACCGUGGAUUGGAACUUGACCAUUGGUCCUGCCAUUGGAUUCCCCCUCAACACCCUUAACCGGAUACGGAUUCAGAAACCUCUGCUCCACUUCACCCUUCCUAGCAGUCCCAAGAACCCUUCUCCGCCAUUCUCACAAGAAUCACCUGCUCCACCCCAUUGCCUGGCCCACCUGAGCAGCUCCACUCCCUCGCCGCCAGCAUACAGAUCAUUUGGGAAUGGGUGUCUGUGUGGGUGGGUGGGUGAGUGCGUGCGUGCAUGCAUGAGUGUGUUUUAAAUAUAUGUAUAAAUCCUUAUUUAUUGUCGACUGGGGUGGGGAGGUGUUCUGGGAGGAGAGGAGUGUGGAGACGAGCUCAUGCCAUUUCUGAGCAACUGACGAGCUGGGGGUGAAGGGAGGGUGUGGACAUUUUUCGCCAUUGGAGGUGGCCUUUGCUUGGGCUGUACCUUGAAAACUACAGGCCGCUGCUGCAUGUUAACGUUGGAAGAUGCCCUGUACGUAGGCUGUAUCAUUCUGCAAUGCGGAGGACAGUCACGACCCAAGAGGUCUGCCGGCGUGUGUGUGUGUGUGAGCGUGCAUGUGUCUGACGGGCUGAGGGGAGAAGGCGGGAAGUGGGCCUAGGCUGGGGAAGGAGGAUCAUGGAAAGGCAAGAGCAUCAGCAAGGAUCUCGACAGAAUAAUUGUGCAAUAUUGAGCAGCAUUCCCCGCAGAUUCCACAGGGGCUGGGAGGCAGAACUGCAGAGUCAUUGCUGUGCUUGCUUAGGCCGAGCGGGUUACCAAAGCAACCGUGCCUUGUGUUGUCAGGGGAUGGAGGGAGCAGGGUGGGUGGGAGUUGGUAUUGCCCUUGUGGUCUCCUACCUUGUACAGUAUUUAUGUUUUGCUCGGUUCUGUUUUGUUUUUAAACUCGCUGCCAUGGGGGGGGGAUUGGACUGUUACCGGCACUUAAUUUAUGCAUUCGUUUUUAUUAUUCCGAGUGUGGGGGGGAAACAAGCCAGAUGAAAGAUCUGAUUGCAAUUGUAAUUCCAUGGUGUGAGAAGGAUGGGUUAAUCAUGGGACGGGCAGAAGGUUGGCCAGCUGACACGGGCAGAAGCGCCCUCAUUGCUUGGAAUGAAAUUAGACCACUGUUAGAUUGGCACGAGUGGCUUGUGAACACCGUUAUGGGGCGGGGGGAGUGGCUAGCACAGGGGGUGCAGAACGUAGGCCACAGACCACUGGACUCCCUCUGGGGACCACCACUGGGGACCUGCCGAUGACUGGGCGUAUUGCAAAGAAAGCUGGUCUAGAUGGGCUCCAGUCUGUUCCAAGAAGACCGUUCUUGCAUUCUUCAGCAGAGAUUUCAUACGCAGAAUCUCUUAACCGUUAAGGCAGAGGUGCAUUAACUGCUAACUGAGCAAAGAGGCAUCUUUGUAAAGUGGUGAUUCUCUUUAUUUGGCAGGGGGAGAGCAACUGGCCCUCUCCAACCCCAGCACAGCAUCCCUCCAGUGGCUGUUGCUGGUGUCAACCGUAUGUAUCUUUUUAGAUUGUGAGCCCUUUUGAGGACAGAGGACCAUCUUAUUUACGUAUUCAUUCAUUCAUCCGAUUUCUAUACCGCCCUUCCAAAAAUGGCUCAGGGCGGUUUACGCAGAUAAAUAAUAAACAAAUAAAAUGGCUCCCCGUCCCCAAAGGGCUCACAAUCUAUUUAUUUUUCUAUGUAAACUGCUUUGAGAACUUUGGUUGAAGGGCAGUAUAUAAAUAGCAGUAGUAGUAGUAGUAGUAGUAGUAGUAGUAGUAGUAGUAGUAGUAGUAGUAGUAGUAGGUUCUCAAACCAGGGUCCCCAGAUGUUGGGACUACAACUCCCAUAAUCCCCAGCCAAAGUGGCCUAGCCCAUGUGGCUGGGGGUGGUGACAGUUGUAGUCUAACAUCUGGAAACCCAAGUUUGAGAACCCAUGUUAGCUAUAAGAAAUCCUGAGUAUGCUGAGUCUUGCUUCGAAAAUAAAUAAAUGAAAAAAACAUCAGAGGCUCAUGGGGGUUCUAACAAAAAAAUAAAUAGGCCAUACAAGUCUGAAGACAGCCCACCUCUAGGCUAACAGGGCCAUGAGUGCGAGGGAGUGUGUAUUCAGAACAAAUCUCAGUGUCACCUGGAAUUGUGGUAUCUCAUAAGCAUCUCUCGUUAGCAUCCCCAAGUUGCCAUGAAAAAGGAACAGCGCAGAUGCCUCGGAACAAUAUUGGGCCCCAAAUAAAUAGCUGGAGGAGUUUGCUUAGAGCUAGAGUUAUAACAUUUCACCUGAAAUAACAAAGUGUCUCGUGGCACCUUUGAGACUUACAUGUUUAUUGAAUUGUUUAAGGUGCCACAAAACUCUUGUGUUUUUUACUGCAGCAGACUAACAUGCCUACUCCUCUACAAAUUUAUUUCACCGUAACUCCAAAUCUGACUAAUGUAGAGAAUUUUAAAUCCUCUCACUCCAUCCCUCUCAGUUUUUUAAAAAACUUCAUUUUAAAGAUUAAUUUUCAUAAUCUGCAUUUCAGACUCUGGAGUUUUGGGAUUUCAAGUUACAAAUACGAAUACGAAUAAUAUUUACAUAUUGCUUUUCAACAAUAGUUCCCAAAGCGGUUUACAUAGAUGUAAAUAAAUAAAUAAAAUGGCUCCCUGUCCCCAAAGGGCUCACAAUCUAAAAGAUAGACAUCAGCAACAGGCACUGGAGGGGUGCUGUGCUAGAGAUGGAUAAGGCCAGUUGCUCUCCCCCUGCUAAAGAAAGGUAAUUACCACUUUAACAAGGUGCCUCUUUGCUUCGUUAGCAGGGGUCCUCAUAAUUUGGAUGCAAAAAUUAAAGGCUUGACAGUAUGUCCACAAGUUGAAGGCACUCCCGAAAUCCAAGUUUCCCUACCAAAUUCUAGAAUCCAUCUUUGGAAAUGUACACAAAGAAAUUCCGUUUCAGUUUACAAUUUGAUUCAAUUGCACUUCUGCUCUAGAUGUGGCAUGUUCAGCACUGCAUGUCUGUCUCUGACUUCCCGGUACGACCUUCCAUGGAGGAUGCAAUUAGUCCACAGUGGACAGCGUGGUCAGGGCUGAGGUCCAUACCAGAAAUAUGUAAUGAAAGCCUCAUUCAGUGUGUAUGUAUCUUGAUGGAAUGUAAUUAACCUAAUAUGAAUAUCAUUUUCACAAACAGUUGUUGUAUGUGAUAUACAUUGUUCUCAUUCAGGAAUUUUUUCUGCAAAAUGGUGUUUUUUAAAAAAGUUCUCAGUUAGCCCUUUUAAUCAACAACACAGUUUCUAAGCCUUUAAUUUAUUUCACAAUUACCAUUUUUCAGAUGUAGCUUUGAAAUCAUGAAUGAGGGUUAGAAACCCUUCUAAAAACAGGGAUUCUAAUUUGAGGGCUGGGCGCCUCUCACAUCAUCCUGAACAAAAUACCAGCAAUUUUUUCUGUGUGAGUGGGAUGGGAACAUAAGACGGAAAUCCAAAUGACCUUACAUUCAGAGCCGAGGUCCUUAUUCAGAUGUGUUGUGGCUACUGUAGCCACAAUGUAUCUUUGUAGUGCAAUGGCCAAGAGACUGAGCCAUGAAUCAGGAGGUCCCUGGUUCGAAUCAUACCUCUGCCAUGAAACCACUUAGGCAAGCCACCAUUUGCCUUAUGACAAAAUUAAUUGUGGCUCAGAUACUGUGCGAAGGAACACGGACAGCCCCUGCAUGGAGCUAUGCUAUGGGGCAGCAUUACUCCACGGUAAGGGCUCUGUGCACGCAGGUGUGCAACACCACACCCACUGUUUCCAACAGGCGUCACAUCACACAAUUGCAUGCACGGAGCUCUUACUGCAGAGUGCUGGCCCAUUGCCACCAUUUGCAAACAGGCAGGAGCACCACGGGUGAUGCUCCAGCUGCCCACAGUUCUUUACUCAGCGUGUCAGCCAGUGAUCUGUCUUAAAGGGUUGCUACCCGGAUUGCAGCAAGGUGGUCUCUGUGGAAUGCUUUUGAACCCUUUAAAAUACUAAAUAACCAUGCCCAGUAUUAAUGGUCGGUUCUCCCGAUCGCAACACCGCCAGGUCACCAUUGAAUCCCUGAUUCUCCGUAGCAGAUCACAUCUACUCUGCAGAUGCAGAUUAAGUCGUCGGCUCCGAGCUCCUUUGGGUGCGCUAGGUUGCCAUGGACUAGUAGCCUCUUGCUGAAUGGGCUCAGUUAAUGAAAGAACGACUGUGCAUUUGGCCAUCAAAGGCCAUGUAGGAAGACCCUGUCGGAGGAGGUGGGUUGAAGCGGAAACCUCGUGUUUUGAUGGUGGGACUUAGCAGCUUACUAUCCGAUGCAUGUUUACUCAAGAGCAAGCCCCAUUGCAGUCAAUAAGGUUUACUCCCUAGUAAACGUGUACAAGAUUGCGGCCUUAGUGAGCUAGAUGUGAUCGAUUCUUUCUUCAGGCCCUUCAUGGUAACGAGGAUCAACACUUGUGACUGGCAAGCAGUAAGAACCCUCGCGAUUGGCCAGGAGUGGUAGAAGUAAUAGGAACCUGGUCUUCUGCCUUGUGUGAACAAAGUGGAUUUUUUUCUGUUGUGGCGAAAGCACCUUGUUCCAACAACUGACCCGCAGUCCUUCUUACACCAACCUAUUGCCAGGCUUCAUGUCUGAAGAAAUCGAAUUAUUGAUGAUGAUGGUGAUGAUGGUGACGAUGAAGUCAGCCAGGAAUUUCCACAAGGCCUAUCAGAGCAUUAGAAGGCCACAAAAGCACUGCUUGAGUGCCAUGAGGAAUUAAUGGUGGAAGGCUCUCAGGAGACAGAAACACUCUUCACUCGAGGAGAUUACCUGUUGCUGCUCUGCUGGAGUGACUGUUCUGGCCUGGCUUCCUUCCCGUCAGACUCUUUGGGGAGUGAUACUUCUGCUUUGUCUCUGCAUGACUGGAGCAUUUCGCCACUCCUGAUGCAUAACCACUGCAAAACGGUCUGUCUCAAAAGAGGCCAACCGGCUGGGUCUCUGCCUGAGUCAAUAUUCCAGUCAAGAAGUACACCCAGGAUAGUAAUCCAUACAGAAGCAUUUGAAGUGGGGGGCAGGUGGGAGUUCUCUGAGAGUGAGUGACCAACUCUUCUUACUCCUUUGUACUCUUGAGAAUUAACCCUUUGAGGAAUGAAUCUUUCUGAGUGAAACUUGAGUGAGCCAUCAUAGCCCUGAGAUGUUUGGGGAAAACCGCUGUGCCGCAUUGCCUCCCUGAAUUUUCUGACACAGACGAAGCUCCUUUCUGCCUAACAAGCAUCAUCCAAACCUAAGUCAUUCACAAGUCUAUUUUGGUCUUCUUUUGCAACUCAGACAGUUGGUGGGGGGGGGGGGCAUUUACAACUCUACAACUUGGACAUCAUCGGCUCCCAAAACGAAAUUGUCUUGUGCAGGGCUAUCAACACUGGGGCAGCUAAUGGGCAUUUCUGAUGCUCUGUUUUGUGGGAAAGCAAAACCAAUAUCUCUGUCACCCGGAACUGGGUAUGCAAACACUCCUUUUUCACUUGCGUAACAUGUUGAAAUGACUGAGCUCUGGGUUUUCUUUCCCCUCAACAUCCAGCACAGCGGGACAGUAGACAACUCUAUACUAACCUUUAGGGCUGCAAUCCUCCACUUGUUUACUUGCAAUGAAGUCCCAUUGACUUUGCUCUUGAGUAAACCUGCAUAGGAUCAGGUCAUACGUGACCACUUCAACUCAUGCUUCAUGCAUUCUUCAGGGGGAAACAGACUGCAGGAGACAGGCUUCACGUACUGUAGUGUACAGGUGCAUUUCUUUCGUUCCACUGUUGCCACUGGUCAAAUGGGUCUUGCAGGGAUUUGAAACAAAAACCUACCAAACCUGUUCCUCAUAGGCAAAAGUGGGAUGAGUAUACAAAUAGUGAUCCUUCUCUCCAGUUGCCUUCAGCACUCUGUCUCCAGCCUUAAUCUCUCAUGCUUUCUUAAAAAGCUGAUGAAUAUGGAUAACGGAGCAUGAGAGACACAAUUAAUCCAAAUCCUAGUCCUCAGCAUAUAAUGUACUGGUGAGUGUACAUUAUCUUGCUCCCACAAACACAUACACAAUAUGAAUGCUAAUUGCCACCUUUGCCACAAGGACUGCAUCCCUUUGCCGAGACCAGGGUCUGCCCCUGAACCAGAAAACAGUAGGCAUGUACACCAGAGUGUGCUUCUCAAGAGGCAUUGGGCCUGCACAAGUGCUCCUGGGAAUGAUACCACGAACAGCCCUGCUCAUUUACCCUGUGUGUGUGGAGCAUGCUGUGGCUGCACAAUUAUGUGGCACUCUGCCCAUGAUCAGAGGCAUUUCUCUUCAUGAUUCAUAUAUUCCAGGACUCUGGUAAGGCACGGAUUCCUGGGCUGAGCACCAACACGAAAUGAAGCCCUGGUGAGUAUGGAAACAUGACCGGUUGAAUGCACAGCCUGCGGCUCCAACAUUUGCAGCAAAUGCAGAACCGGAUGUCAUUGAUGGAAGCACCCUGUUUUUGUCUCCUGACAGUGUGCAUUUGCCUCUGUCUCUGUUGCAUGGAUAACACCUAAGCUGAUGAGACUGGGGCCAAUGAAGAAGUCUAGCCACUUUCUCUUGGGGUGACCACCACCCUUUCCCAAAGUUUGACUCUGUCUCUUUUCUGUGGGCUUUGCUGACCUCCUUGGCCGCUGAAGACUUACUGUAAAUAUUGGUAUAUAUCGCCUUUUCUGUACAUACCGUCCUCGAGUCUUUUGAUUGUCGAUAUGAAUUUAAUGGCAUAUUUUUAUAUACUUGUUUAAGUUUUCACAGGCACAAGCGAGGGUGCCAACCACAGUUUAAGUUAUAAUAACAAUGAAAUGUUGCAUUAAAGGUGAGAACAAAAUAGAGAAGAACAAAGGAACGGUUCCUUGCCAAAAUAUUAUCAAGUCCAGUGAAAUGUUAUGAUGAUGAUUAUUCCUGGAGGGUUAUUGGUCCCCCCCCUUUCCCCCCUUCUUCGUCACUGUGGGUUCUUUGUUAUUAAAGGUCACUGGUGUCAGAACCCA